GGUGCUUGGGAGCUAUGUUAUUUUAUUCACAAAACAUAGUUUAUCGUGUUUAUGUGUUGUUUUUAUUACACAAAUAUUACUUAAUUUAUAAUUUUUAAUUUUAAAGUAACAAUUGGAAUAUUUUAUAGUGAUUUUCUUUUAUAUUAAUGAAUAUUCUUUGAUAUAAAUGUAUUGGCGCUAACAUUACUGUUGCUUCUAAUAAAAAUAAUAUGUAUAUAAGAAACUUAAGAGUUUAAGUGAUAUAAAAACUUUUAGACAUACAUUGUUUUUUGUAUACAGAUAUUGUGUUCAUUCUUGUGAUUUUUCAUAAACCUGAUUACAAACAAUUUGUCAACAUGAAUGAUGUUCGUGAUAAAGUUGUUGCCGGUUCUUCGUCGUGGGAAAAUGUUGCAACGCACAGCGAUUCAUCGCCUGAAAUUCAAUCAUCACCUAGUGGAAGUGGUGACACACCACAGACUCCAGGGGCGCCUGCUCCGCUUGCUCCACAUCUUGCCGCUGAUUUACAUCCAGAUCUCUUACAACAGGGUUGGCGAAAAUAUUGGUCAAAAAGGGAAAAUAGACCCUACUUUUGGAAUAAACUUUCAGGCGAAUCAAUGUGGGAAUUGCCAGCAGUAAAGAGAGAUUUUGAUCCCAUAACGGACCCUCUUGGCAUUUGUCAUACAGGUCCUCCUAACGCAGGCAACAUGACCCCUGGUGCUAGUAAACGUCGGCCAUCAGAAGACAAUGGUCCCCCUCCAAAGAAAUUUGUGUUAGCUGGUCCUUGGGACAUAGAAGUACCAACUAAUGUUGUAAUAUAUGAACGUCCCCCUACAAUUUGCCCGCACCCCCAUCCUGAAAUAGAAGGUUUCAGAUUUACAUUAGCUAAUAAAUUGAGACAAUGUUAUCAAGAGUUAUGUCACACAAGAGAAGGUAUUGAUGCACCCAAAGACUCCUUUAAUAGAUGGCUAAUGGAAAGAAAAGUUAAUGAUCAGGGUGGUUCUGAUCCCUUACUGCCCAGUCAUUGUUUUCCAGAAAUAUCUCGUUCUAUGUAUGAAGAGAUUAUGAAUGAUAUACCAAUUAAAUUGACACAUCCAAAGUUUACAGGAGAUGCUAGAAAACAGUUGUCACGAUAUGCAGAAGCAGCUAAAAAAAUGAUUGAAUCUAGAAAUGCAUCUCCAGAAAGUCGUAAAGUGGUUAAGUGGAAUGCUGAAGAUACAUUUCAAUGGUUAAGACGCACAGUUGGUGCCACAUAUGAUGACUUUCAAGAUAGACUGGCACACUUAAGAAGACAAUGUCAACCACAUUUAGCAGAGACUGUUAAAGCUUCAGUGGAAGGAAUUUGUUUGAAAAUAUAUCACUUGUCUGCAGAAUACGCUCGUAAAAUAAGAGAAAAACACAGUACUCUUCUAAAAGAGAAUGGCAUUCAGGAGAUGCCAGCUCCGCUGCAGCAGGCGGCAUUACGAAAAGUGUGGUGUUAUCCGGUUCAGUUUGCUGUGCCAGCGCCGCGACCACCGCUCGUUGAACAUUUUCUCGAUCGCGAUCAGGCGCUACUACGGUACCUCGGCGAGACACAGAUUCUCAAUGCUACGUAUCUACAAAAACUAGAGUGCCUGUACAGACAUAGCUGUUUCGACGACAAGAAGUUCGAGCAGUUCCUAUCGCGCGUGUGGUGCCUGCUGCGGCGGUACGCAGCGUGGGUGGGCGCGGGCGGCGAGGCGCAGCUGGCGCAGAUGGCGCUGCCCGUGCCCGUGCUCGAGUGCUUGCAACGCUGCUUUGGCGUCACCUUCGAGUGCUUCGCCAGUCCGCUCGACUGCUACUUCCGCCAGUAUUGUUCUGCAUUUGCCGAUACCGACUCCUACUUUGGCUCGCGCGGGCCGUUCCUUGAGUUGCGGCCGGUGUCAGGAUCGAUGGUAGCGCACCCGCCGUACUGCGAGGAGCUUCUGGAGGCGGCGCUGCGGCACAUGGAACGGCUACUACAGGACUCAGCCGAGCCACUCAGCUUCGUUGUGGUGCUGCCCGAGUGGCCCGACCGUCAGACACACGCUUUGCACAAGUUGCAGGCUAGCCAUUUCAAGAGAAAACAGGUUGUGAUACCAGCUUUCGAACAUGAAUAUCGACAUGGGUUCCAGCAUGUACUUCCAAAAAACGAGGUGUACUUCCGGUGGGGCGGCGGUACGGUGGUGGUGUGGCUGCAGAACGCGGCCGGCUUCGCGCGCUGGGGGCCCACGGAGGAGCGCGUGGAGGCGCUGCUGGACGCGUGGCGGCCGCGCGCCAAGCUGCGCUCGCCCGCGCCGCCGCCGCCGCACGCGCCGCACGCGCCCACCGCGCCGCACGCGCCGCACGCGCCGUCCGCCGACACGGAACCGCCGCCGCCCGCGCCGCCCACGCCGCACCACGCCGCGCACUCGCCGCACCCCGCGCACCUCGCGCACCAGCCGCCGGACAAGCGCUAAGUCCCCUCUAUCGGAACGUUCCUCGGUGCGGUGUUCGCGUAUUGAUUACGGCGAGGCUAUCUAACGAAACGAAAAUCGGGUGACCUGUACUGACUAUUUCAUUGUCGGAAUUGGUUAAUCAGAUCGCAAGGUUUUUGGAUUGGCGAGCCAUUGUAGUGAUAGUGUUCGUGAACUUGAAUAAUUUUAUUAGCAAACCUAUCUUUUUGACAAUUACAUUCUCCGAGGUCGCCUCGAAAGAUCUCUUUGCGUUAGGGUUGCCGUAUUAAAUCUGCUGUAGUAGUAUAUUCUAACCGCUUAUAUAUUUUUAUUUUCUAUGAAAGAAAUAAGAAAAUAGUUUUUCGCAAUCUGAUGAAAGUAAUUUUCGUAUUUCAACCUACGGUUCUCGGAGAAAAUUGUUCAGUUUCACAGGUGUCAUUACUCGAUGUUAUUAUACAUGUUAUGUAAGUGAAAUGACAUACACAUAGACAAAUGUAUGUAACAGACGGCGAACGCAGUGGAUGGUGCACAUUGGUGAUAUUGUAUGAAGCCGAGGAAACUUUCGAUGUUUAAAUGUACUGUGAAUAACUUUGAAAUGAACUGUGAAGUUUUAGCGACGUUUUCUCAGACGUAGCUAGCGCACAAUGUCAAUAAGAACAUCUUUCCACUAUCUUCCAUUUGGUAAGUGAUCUGAGCAAUGUCAAUAUUAAAUAGAGAAAUAGUGAUAAUGCAACUGUAUCUUAAUCAAAUGUGACAUGAUGAAUUUAUAAUGAAGUGCAUAGUGGGCCAAACUUGUAUAUAGUUGUGCAAAUUGAAUCUAUGUAUAUAGAUUUUUCGGAAUCGUUUAAUUGUCUACUUAUUUUUAUAAAUUCUUUUAUGAGUCCUUUAAUUCUGUUGUAUAGUUGGAUAAAGAUUUAUUUGAUUGUUUAUGUAUAUGUCUAUCAUUAUAUUUUUAAAAAAAAAUUUUACUCCUUAA